GUUCGGUGAACACCCUUCGGAUGGGAUAAAGGAAUUCUGUUGAAGCGCACGGACAAUUUUAAUUUCUGACACAACAAAACCAGUGGCGGUUAUGUUUUCAUUUUGGUUUUGAAUUAUAUAACUGGUUUUAUUUUUAUUUUACAAAUCAUUGAGCGUUAUUUUUUGGUGGAAUAGCUACCAGGAUAAAAACGGAAGAUUUGUGUACUAUUCAAAUACAUUUUGACUUAAUCUUCUCUGUGUGUGGACCAAAGGGACCGGCGAAUAUGGAUAGCGAAAAGUACUUGCCGGAGCUUAUGGCAGAGAAGGACUCACUCGACCCCUCUUUCCAACACUCUUUACGGCUACUGGAUCAAGAAAUUGAGAACAUUCAGAAAGAUGAAGACAAAGAAGAUGAGAAGUUCAUUGACGUUGUCAUCAACAAGAACAUGAAACUGGGGCAGAAAAUAUUAAUACCAGUCAAACAAUUUCCUAAAUUUAACUUUGUUGGAAAACUCCUUGGUCCACGUGGGAACUCUUUAAAGAGGCUACAGGAAGACACUCUCACAAAGAUGUCAAUUCUUGGGAAAGGUUCCAUGAGAGACAAAGAUAAGGAAGAGGAACUACGGAAGAGUGGAGAAGCCAAAUACCAGCAUCUAAACGAGGACCUGCACGUUCUCAUCGAAGUGUUCGCCCCACCAGCCGAAGCCUAUGCCAGAAUGGGUCACGCACUUGAGGAGAUCAAAAAGUUCCUGAUCCCAGAUUACAACGAUGAGAUCAGACAGGCGCAGCUGCAGGAACUGACAUAUCUGAACGGGGGUUCGGAGGAGGCCAAGGUGCCGGUGGUGAGGGGAAAGCCGGCGGUACGAGGAAGAGGAACACCCACUCCUGGGCCGCCUAGGAGUAGGGGAGGAGUGCCCCCUCCGCAGGCUGCAGUUCCGCGGGGCGCAGCCCCCAGGGGGGCUCCGCCGAGUCGGGUUCCCACCUCCAGGGGGAGAGGCGUGCAAGCGCAGAGGGCCCGUGGGGCACCCCCUCCAACCGGAUACCGGCCUCCACCACCCGUAGUACAAGACACAUACGGAGAAUAUGAAUAUGAUGACAGCUAUGGGACGGCGUACGAUGACCAAGGAUACAACUCUUAUGACACCAACUACAACAGUCAAGGACAAAACUCAAAUGAUUAUUAUGAAUACGGACAUGGCGCAAGUGAAGAAUCAUAUGAUUCAUACGGCCAGGAAGAGUGGACUAACAAGCGUCACAAAGCACCACCAGCAAGAACAACGAAGGGAGUGUACAGGGAACAGCCAUACUCCAGAUACUGAACUAUUUAUACAAAUGUUCUGUGUUAUUCUGAGUAAUGGAUUUUCUAUGGACAAUCCCUCUGUUUUAGUUAAAAGGCAAAGUGGAAGCAAAAGAUGAAUCGGACAAAGACCUGCAUAUGGUAAUGUUGAGUUUGGCAUAGUGGUGGAAUUCAUGGAAGAUACCAGUAACCAGUAACAGAAGAACCAAAAGUCUGUAAACUAGGUAAUCUAUCUUUUCUUUAUGAAUUAGUAUUUAAAACCACUGAGCCAGAUAUUUUAACUGGUGGGGUUUAUUUCUUUAAAAUGUUUAGUUUCACAUUUUAAAUUCUGUUGGGUUAAGGGGUCGGGUAACAUAGACUAUUUCUGAAGGGUGAUUGGUAUAACUGUGUCCCUUGUAAAUCUACCAUAACAAAACAAACACAGAAAAUGAAAAUGCUGAUACUGUUAUAUCCUUCUUUUUUGUAUCUCAAUGUUCUUUAGCAUUAAAGGGCUUAUAGAAGCAUGUUGUGUAAACAUUUAAUACAGUUUUACUUUGACAUAGUUUGAGCUUGCUUUGAUAUACAGUACCUGAAUCCAUGUGUAAUCACAAUGUCCAUUCCAGUAAGUAAUCUGUGGCUCUAAAUACAUUGAAGAGAUUGCUGAAAGUGAUGGAAGUUUUAUGCUCACCUUCUUUAAUUUUAGUCAUAGAUCAAGGUAGCAAGUGCUGAAAAGCUGAAGUAAUUACAUCUUGUAACUGGGCAUUUAGCACAUUGCUCUGCUACACCAUUUCUAGGAAAAUGGAGGCAAAUAGUACAUAAAUAGUUCAUAUCCGAUGAUAGAAGUAGUAUGUAUUGUUACAAUUCAAAUCAUACGCUUAUGUAAGCCCUUUAAUAUGUUCCUCUUGGGUGAUGCUAAAUAAACAUUAUGAAAGAAA